AUGCCCAUGGUUUUGCCAUUUCUGUUUCAACUACACUGGCUGCAAAUGUUUGGCGUUGAGCCAAGUAUCAACGUCCCCGUUAUCAACGUGACGUUAUCGGAGGGUGACCUGGACGUGUUACCUUUCUCCGUGGACUUCCUUGAAGAACAUAAGGUUAGUGAUGUCCAAAUCGCACCGGAAGUUACGUUGCCGACGAAACGAAUCGGCCAAUUAUCGGGCCGCGAGACUAUACUAGACUGCGAGAUCACGGCAUACCCGCACGGCCUCGCUUACUGGAUGAAGGAUAACGACGAGAUUGACCUCACACGGAAGGAGAAAAAAUACGAGGUGGAGAUGUAUAGUGGUACAGAGGACAGCACAAAGAAAACACUCAGUCUGCGAGUAAAAAAUAUUGAACACGGUGACUAUGGCGAAUACACUUGCUAUGCGCAAAAUAGAAUUGGAAGAGACCAAGACUCCAUGAUUCUAUAUGAUUAUUCGAUAAAUACGAAGCCGAAAACCACUACGCAACAGCCUCGAUUGAUUUAUCCUACUCCCCAAAUAACGAACAAUAUCCCACUUAAGCCCGGCCAACAACAAAUCUUUAGCGUGAAUGGACCCGGAACCAGCUCCGGCAAUACGGGCUUUAACGGCGGCGAUCGGAAAGGGAGCCAGCAUCCCAGACCUGUGGAUAAAGGCCCUAACAAUCACUAUCAACCUAGCGAGGAAACGUUACCGUUGGGAUCAAGAACAGGAUCCACUAGUGUGACGUCACGCGUUCAUGUCAUCGGCCUUAUAACGUCAUUGUUUCUAACCCUUCUUCGAUAGUUGAGACGAAGUCGCCACAUUCUUACUUCUAAAAAUCAUUGAAAUUGAUGUACUUUUUAAAUCAAAUUUAUUUGAAGUUAUUCGACCGUUCUAAACUUUAGACGUUAUUUACCUUUUGCUCAACGUGUCCGCUAAUUCAAGCGUAACUGACAUGUAAACUGCAUAAAACCAAAAACAUAUGUGACGCGUUUUGAGAAAACUGGGCUUAAUGCAUGUGCGUAAAGUGUCGUCCCAGAUUAGCCUGUGCAAUCAGCACAGGC